AUGGGAGAAGCAAGUGAACCAGCAACAAACUAUCUAGAUGUUUAUAAUGUGGAAUUUGAGAGGGCAGCCGUCGUCAUUCAACGAGCCUUCCGCAGAGUUUUAGUAAGUGCUCCACGUGCUCCACACACCGUCAUCAUGUAAUUAUAGUAUUUUAACUAAGAGGAGAGCUGAAGAGGAAGUUGUCAAAAUUGAAGGACAUUUAAAUACCUAAUGAAACUACCACAGCGACAGUAUGAUGUCACAUAUUAUAGUUAACCAAUUUAUUUUAAUGUGCCAUAUUUCAAGACUACAUUCAUCAACAUGUUAAUUAUAGUUAUUGGUGUUUAUUUUUAUUGUUUAAGUGCUGGCACGUCAAUCCAGAAAUAUAGCAAGGCAUUAGUAACCAACACUGGUAAGAGUUGUUGAUAAAUUUGGAAGGAUAUAUUGGGGGACCUCUGGGCUUUAUCAUAAUGGUGGUGAACAUUUUGAAUCCAGAAUGCCAAGUAUUCUGCAGGAAUGAAGUAACCGAUCAAAAGGUGGCCACUUGUGCUUCAUUUCCUCCCCAAUAUUCCCAAGUAAAAGUCUCCAUACUGCCAGUUUCUAUUCAAUUAAAAUGCUUGAUGUUAACAGCACUAGCUGCAGCGAGUUGUGUGUUAAUAUCAUGAACCAUCAUGUGCAAUUCUUACACAGGUCUCCAGCAGAGGCAGUUAUACUUUCGACGUGCUAUAGGUCCCCAAACACGUAUUUAUUGUAAAGUUGAGAAGUAAGAGUUAUGGUGGCUCCUAAGCAGGAGCUUCUGGUAUCUCUCCAGAGCUAUACCCUAAGGUGUAGGGCUAGCUAAUUGGCUGAGAGAAUCAGUUGAGCACUAUCAGCCCAUUAGCUAAGCUCAGCACCCACCUGCUGACCCCAUGUAAGAAGUCAAGCCAUUCUAAAAGGGUUUCACUACUUACAGGAAUGGGGUGGGGGGCACCGUAACCUGUACAGAACCCUUAUGGUGUUUAGAGUGUUAGUUUAGUCUUAUAUUUAGCAACAAAUAUGUAAUUUCAAACUCAAGGCAACACUUGACCAUAAAGAGGAACUUUAAAAUGAUUCCAGUGAAGUUCAAAACAUUACCACGUCCAUAUGACAUCUAACUAAACAUCACAUUAUUAUUCAGUGGGGUGCAGCUUUAUUUGAUUUUACAUUUUGGGUGAAGAAGAAGAAUAUUGCUCAGAACACUAACUAGAUGAAUGCUUAUCUACUCAACUGAACUCUGCUAGAGAGGAACUGCACUAUAGAGUUAAACAUUCUAUACUUAAUUAAAUUUAACUAAAUAAAAGAACCCCAGGCUGUAUUUGGAAUAGUAUCAUUUGUAAGGCUGUGCUAACUCUGGCUUGUUUCCCAAAAACAUGUAAAAUGUCACACAAUUCCUUACACACCCUGUCAAACACCUGAGAUGGACUUGGUUAUAGAUAAAGAGGUGAUAAGUUUUCAUGAACACACUCAGGAUCUUGUCCUCUGAUCAGCACUUUUGCCCAAUGCACCUUUAGUGAGUAGAACACUCCAGGAGACAUCCAGAAGCAAGCGGUACCUUACUUGUCUCAUGUUACAGAUGUAAACUAAUGUUCCUCAUAUGACUAAAAUCCAAAUAUUAAAAAUAAGGUACUUACUAAAUAUUCUGCUGUUUUGUUUAUCUUUUACAAGGACAUAAAGGUUUUUAAGUAUUACAAAAAUCUCAUAAAUUUUAAAGGAAUUGGAGAUCCAAGACUCCUGCUUAAGUGCAUCAACCCUCGAGAGGUGAGUACUUCACAUGAGUGCCUUAUGAUUUAAAUCCAAUUCCCUGAAAUAAUUAUGAUGCAACACUUAAUGUGUUUUUUGGGUUUACUCAGCAAAAAUUGUCAUAUUUAUUUCAGUAGAUAUUAUGGUGUUUUCAUUAAAUCAUGCAUUUAGGAGAACUUCUCCUAUGAAUAAAUCAGGUUCCCUCAAAACGUGAUGAGAUCUGACGACCGAAGACUCAUAUUCAUAAGUUAGCUAAUGUCUUAUUCUCUAACUUUUUGAUAACAAACAUGUAGCUUUACCCAUCCAAGGGUCAGUCCCUCUGGACAGCAGAUGAGAACGAAGCCUUACUGCAGGAUCAGUUUUUCGAAUUGAGUAGCAGAAUAAAAUGUAGAGAUUGGCAGCAUCCAGUUCAUAUUUAGGAAACCAUGUCAAAUGGUUGAGAAACACAGCAUCCAAUAAAGAAGAAACCAUGUGAUAAUAGAUAAGAAAGCUUGUCGUGUAUAUAAACUGUUUGUGCUCAUAUGAAUCAGUUGGGUAGACCAAAGAUGUGAAAAUAACCAACCAAAGUCUUUCGAAUGGGCCAAGAGCGUAAAAGGGGUCAGCAAGUCGAUCCAGUAAAGAUGCAUCAACUUUAAAACUAUGUUCAAGACCUUUGUUAUCAAUGUGUGCUGUCUUCUAUUUUUAUUUAUUUAUAAGUCUUUAAAAUUCCAAUAAUAAAGAAUCAAUUUUUUUUUAAUUAUGACAAAUCAGAUAGAUAACUAAUACUAAAGUGCUAUUUUCAAGGAUUUACCCAACAUUGUGAUUUGGGGAAAAAAAACAAGUAAAAAAAAAAUUGAAUGUGCGCCACUAAAACUCAGAAUGCCAUGAGGCUGUGCGUAUCUUGAUACUGGGUAGAAGAUAUGCUAAUAAAAAUAUAUUGCGCGCUAAACAUCUGUGGUGAUGUAGAUAAGGGCACCAGACACUUAGGCGUUGAUUUCAUAUUGUUGGAUAAGCUUUUUGAAAACAAAUUAAUAUUAUGAAUUAAAAAAAAAUCAUAAUUAGAUUUCUGUUAUAUAACUGAUUUUUUUUAAAUAUGUUUUUGGAAAAAAAAAUAUAUUUCAAAAGUUUAUCUAAAAAUAUAUAUAUAUUUUUUUAAAUCUUUAUUUUUGUAGUGCAUAGGUAAGUAACAGUUGCUUGUAAGGUACCCCAAAGGCAAUCCUCCAGCGUUUCAUAUUUAUGGUUUACAUUGGGGUUUAGGAGAAACAUGCACAAUUUUUAGUGUUAUUACGUAACGAUUAAUAAUUUGUUGCAUACAAGUUCGAUUACUUAUGUCUUGUCGAAAAGGUCAGUAAAUUUUUUUUAAAAACAACAACAGUGAGAUUGCAAUGCUACCUUGCUUAACUAGUAAUGCGUUAGGUCAUGUAUGAUAUAUAUGAGGUCAUGCUUAAACAUUAUAUUACGACAUGCUUAAAUAUUGUAUUUACUAUGAAACACACGUUUACGUUUAGGUACCAUGCAAACAGAUUGCGUCUGAAGCAAAGCGGCUAAGUCAUACAUUUUUAAAAACAAACAGGAUGUGUUACUGCUUCCACAUCUAAACAGUCAGGUUAAGGCAUUGUAUGGCACAUCUGGUUUAUUCACUCCCAUCUUCACGUCUGAUUGCUUAUGUGUUUAAGAUGGUGGGUCUGAUCUGUGCCGUGAGUGUUAUGUAUUCUUCGCUUGGUAAAAGAGAGUGAAUAUAGAGCUUGGUGUGUUGUGUGUGUGGGGUCGUGUGUCCCUGUGCUGGGAGGGAUGGAGGCCGUGGCUAGGUGUGCGUGUUGGCUGAAGUACAAAUGCUGAGAGAGUGGGGAUUGGUGCAUAGGUUGAGUUCCUUUCGGAUGCAGAGAUACCUGUCAAAGUCACUGAUACCAAAGUCUCUAGUUUCAAUGUCCCUCACGUGAAGGUAUUUUUGCUUUGGCAAGCGGCUUAUCUGGUCAGCAGUUCGUCUCCUUGUAGGACCGGGUAUUCGUUCAAGUAGUGAGUGCCACGUACGGGUCGGGUGUGCGACCUGUCGGUAUGAAUGGGAUGGAUCUCUCCGGGUCCCACGAGAGUUGUUGGUGGGUUGCUCUCUUUUGGCCUGCCUGAAUGAGGGAGUCCGGUGGUAGGCCCAGUGCCUGUAGGAGCGGAGCUGCGUCGGUCAGUUCCCUGAUCUGGUGGGAGUCCGGCCCUUGCUGUACGGUGAGAAUGUGGGUCUUCUGCCAUCGGUAUUUAAUGUCUCGUUGGCGGAGAAGCGUGGUAAGUGGCUGGAGGGAUUGCCGCCAAGCCAGGGUGUCUCUCAAGAGGUCGGCAAAGAAGCUCACUGCCAUCCCAUCGAAUUGGUACGGUGUCUUACCCCUCACGGCGGCUUGGAUUGCUGUUUUGUCCUGUCUGGUUUGGAAGGUAAGUAUAGUGUCUCGUGUGGCUUCGGUUGGCGCCUUUGGCGAUUUGGGGAUCCUGAAUAUGUUGGCGAGGACAAUCUUGGUAGCCUGUGUGGGUGACAGUAUAGCUGCAAGGAGGCGCUUGACCACCUGUGGUAAUUCUGUGCCUGGGAUCGUUUCAGGGAUCCCUCUGACUUUCAAAUUAUCCUGUCUCCCGGCAUCUUCUUGCUCCGCCAUGCGGUGUUCAUGUAGCUUUUGUUGCCGUUGGAGAUCUUGCAAGCUUUGUCUAAGUUCCCAAAUGUCUCGGGUAGUGGUUUCUGUUGUGCAUUCCAGUGUGUUUAAGCGAGUUGUUAAUCCCUUCAGGUCGCCCCGUAGUGCCGUAAUAUCAUUAUACAGAUCUUUAUGAUGAUCUGCAAGUAGCCGCGUGAGGACCGAUAUAGUCACUGGUGCGGUGUCUGGGUUAGUGUUAGUUGGCUGUGUCUGCUUUCCCAGCCUGGGGGCUGGCAGAUAUUCCUCUCCGGAGAGGUCCUCGGAAAAGUCAGAGCAGCCACCGUGGAGCGCCGCCAUGUUGGUCUCGUUUGCCUCGCGGGCCUGUUUCCACAUGUCGCCAAUUGUAAGUCCCUGGGUGUUUUUUUCCUUAGGUGAUUUUUUUGUUUUUCGCCCCAUGUCACACAGGGGUGUGUAGUGUAUCUUUGCUGUGGUUUGGGGGUGCUCAGCCUGGGUUUUUCCGCGGUUUUUCACGUUCUCUCUGUCCGUGCGACCGCUUGUCUCUGUGGUCAAGCUCCGCCCCCCCAUCUAAAAAUAUUUAAUCAUUUCAAAACACAUCCAACAAUAUUAAAUUGAGGCUUUAAUUUGUAAAAUCCCACUAUGCCCACAGAACCGAAAUAGAAGACGAAAUAUAAAAAGUUGCACAAUACACUAAAUGACACAAAAAUGCUUCUUCUGACGAGGACAACAUCCAGAUAUCCUCUGAUGAAUUUCUUCUGUUAAUUGUCCUUGAAUAUAGUAAUCCUCAAUAUGAUAUGAAACAGAUGGACACAAGUUCAGGAGAAUCUCAAUAGGGUAGUAUGUAGAAACACCAAAGCUUAAGAAUUAACAUUUCUGGAAAAACGUUUCAAAUGAUUCCAAUCUGUUAGAAAAUAACUUUCAAGUGAUUGAUUUAUUUAUAAAAAUUCCCAUGAACGUAAAUGGUGAAUUCUGUAGAUAAAUCAUUUGAAAAAAAAUUUCUGACUAACACGCAAUCAUUUGAAAAGCUUAUCUGGAAAUAUUAAAUGUAUCCCCAGUGGACCAAGAUGGAUUUGAUUACGUAAAGAGAGGAACACAAAGAAUCCAAUAGUUCAGUAUCUUAAAAUAUAUUUGUGUAUAAAACAUAAAGAAAUAUGGCCACUCACAAAUGUGGUGCACGCUCAGGUAUUUCAGCGUACAGAGGUACAAUCGCCGCUUAAAGAUAUUUUGCUAUUAAGUAUCUUCCAAACCAGUAGUCACCCAGAAAACACAUUUAAUAGUGCAUAUCGUGCUCACUGUUUCGCUUUUGAAAUUCGAAAAACAAGAAUACUACUUGCAAUAUCUGGAGCAAUGACAGUGCUCUACUGAAUGAGCAUGGGUGGCUGGUAUCUUCACCACUAAGGAUGGGUAAUCUGGAGAUCAAGACAUUUUGGUAAAUUAUUCCCAAUAGUUGGCCAGGAAAUGUGUAAUCAAACAGAAUUAUUAAAUAACAAUAUAUCAAUUACAAAAAAAUAAAUAAAUCAGGAGUAAAAAGUCACACAACGCGUUUUACCAAAUAAACAGGCCUUUUGAAAUGUUUAUUGUAGUCCUGCCAUCUUCCUUUGAAGUAGAGAAGGGAAGCUUAGCUUACACUUGCCUGGGCAAAUAACGUCACAUGAUAUCAUUCUUAUAUUUUGUACAUAUUUACAUUAAUAUAUUUACAAAAAUAUGCUUAUCGACAUGGGCACUGGGAAACAGAAACUGAAGAGGACAUGAGGCACCAAAAUGAUCCAAACAGGAUUUAAAGAUUUGGAAAUUACUUCAAAAUGUCAAAAUGGGUUCAGAGCUUUUACUAUUCGCAAAACUGAAUAUAUUUGUUUAAAUGGAAAUUAGUGAAUGGUUACUAUAGAGAUUAUAAAUAAAGAGAGCCUAAAAUAAACAAUAAAUAUAAUAAUAUACCCCUCUAAAUGCAACACUUUUGCAGCACAGAAACUUUGUCUGAAACAAUAAAAGAACCUGAGAUCGGAAGAUCUGUAAGCCAGUACUGGUUCUCUCAUAGUUUUUUAUGUGGGAGCUGUGCAUUUCCCAGAAACCUUUGAGUACAGGCAGAUAAAUAUGACUCUUUAUCUGCAAAAGUUACUAUGUAUCAAAUUUCCAGAGUUUCUGUAGUCCUCCAAGAUGUAGGUUUACAGGUUCUGUGAGGCUAUUUAUUAAUUAAACCCAUAUGUGAGGUCUUCACUUGCUACACAUUAAAAGAAUGAUUUGUUUCUAUAAGGUUAGACAAUGUGCUAUCGUCACUGUGCCAUUAUACAGUGCAAUGUAUCUGUUACUAUAUAUAUAGUCUCUCACAUUGUUCCUUGAAAGUGGCCUUUCAUUGACAUUUUAAUUUAUCUUACUGUAUUUGUCAGGCAGAGCUACUUGAUGCCGCUGCUGGUGUUCAUGUACGUUUUAGAUUGGGAGGGGUAAGUAUAAUGCUAUAAAAUAUAAAGUGACACAUUUAUUUUUUACAUCCUUUCGCUUAAGAGAACUGGUAAUUGGCGGCUUAGGGUGCAUUUUAUAUAUAUAUAUAUAUAUAUAUAUAUAUAUAUAUAUAUGUAGCCACUUGACUACCAAGGGCAGGUUUUAUACUAUCUUAGUAAUAAAUCCACUUGUUUCAACAAAAGGUUUCUUUUACAACAACAACAACUAAAAGGUUGGUCAGUGCGGGUAUUACCAGCCCUAUCCUGGGCUUGACCCGAUCUUUUCCAUAGAAUGUAUUUUCCAAACCAGUUAUCAUGGUUGUACCCUCUCUACUGGUUUGCAAGUUGCAAUGCUGUCAUUAUAUGGAACGUUCAUCUCCUACUGAUGUGAACGAUUUUGUCAGAAAUCUAACACUGGGAGAUAACUAUGGAGAACACAUGGAGAAGACAUCAGCGCCAGUUAUGCUUUAACACCCUGUGAGAAUCAACUAAUAAAUGACAGUGAUGGUGAUAAUAAGAAUAGUGAAUCAUAUUACUGGGAAGAUACUGAUUUCUUGUUAGCAGUGUUCUGUUGUCAGAAACUGCACGUUGAUGAACUUGCAUUGUCUCAAGUUCAAUUAACACUGAAAUAAUACAAGUAUUGUUUUCUAUUUGCAGGUGAAAUUCCCACCGAAUAUCUAUUACAAACUGUUUACUCACCGACCUAUAGUGGAUAUGUGUGCCAAUAGCCCCAAGGACUAUACUAAGCAAUCUCAGAAACAGCUGCUGCCCAGGCACAUCCACAAUCGUGGAGACCUUCCAGAGUCAGACCACGAAAACUGGUAUACUCGAGUGGAGAACAAUGGUUGGCGACUGCUCACACUAAGAGUAAGUAAACAGUAUGAUCGGUGCUUACUUUAACUUGUAUAGCUUUCGAUAUAAAAUGUAUCUUGAAUUUACAUUGAAAUAGAUUAGUUAUAUGACUUGCUAUCAAUUCUUAUACCAUGCUUCCUCCACGAAGAGAGGGCUUCGGACCUUCACCUGACCAAUUCUAUUAGACUUGACAGCUAAAGAUACUUUUCUUUGUUUCUGCCAAUGUUAUCUGGGCUGCCUGUUUUUGGUUAUGCAAUAUCACAGCCUUGUAUGCAGAUACAAACUUGAAUAAUCUUCUUUGUGCACAACAACACAAUACUUCUCUGUCUCGUGGCCAGAAUACUGUGCCCAACGAAGCCUACUUAACUAGCAGCUAUGUGAUUCUAAAUGAUGGAUUAUGCUGUAUACUGUGUUUACUUUGUCUGGUUUAUGGUAUAUCAUAUGAUAGGGGCAUACACAACAUAAAUUCAGCAUUAUUAGCAAGGGUACCAACAUCUGUCAUUUGAUUAGCAUAUACUUGCUUAACGAUAGCAUCAAUUGUAUAAACAAUGGAGCACACCAUGUAAAUGAAAAUAUUUUUUAUUACAUAUCAUUAAGUGCCUGGAUAAAACCAUAUGUAGCCAAGUGCUACCCUAGAAUGCAAGUAAAAUUGUACAGUUGUCACAUAUCUUUCUCUCUGGUCACAGUUGUUCGAUGGCAUGGACCAGAUAACAGCAACUGAUAAUAUUAAGAAGAUAACGUUUCAUCAUUCUGGACUGCGGAGGAAACAGGAUGUGGAAAAAAAGCAAAAACAAAGAAAAAUUGACUGGAUGAGAAAAAUGUGAGUAAUUUAAAAGACUGCUAUAUAUAAAAUUAUUGUAUGUAAUAAACGAGCCUACAUAUGACUUUAUAAAGGGUUUGUUUAUAAAUGGUCAUUUAUUUUCUGUGUUCGUAUUUUAUUAGUUAACCUUAUUUUUUGUAGAGAUAUCACAAAUAAGCGCUGUUUUUAUUUUGGGAAUGUUUUAGGUAUAAAUGUAGUGAAUAUUAUUACAUACAGGACAGAAAACUGGACGAAUCAGGUGGUAGUGCCAAAUCCAUCUAUCUGUCUAAAUAUCUACCUACUUACUUAACUAUCUGUACGUAUGAUGCAUAUACUGAUAUUGUUUGAUAGUAAUAGCAACUAUUAUUGUUUAUAUAGUGCAGAGCUUUACAAUUCUAGAAAAGGAAGAAAAUCCUGCUUAAACAAGUUUAGAAUCUAUGAGAAUUGUAUGUAGGCGUUGGGGUUCUGCCUUGACGUUGGCAGGCGAGCAUUCCCUCCAGUGGCCAUUGGAGCAACUAAAUGACCUCCAUUUGUCUAAAUAUACAUAGGGAUUAAGGAGAGAGCGCAGGUAACUUUUUUUCUUUUCUUUGGUGUUUACUAUAUAUUGGGGCUGAAGUUUACUGUAGUCAUUGCUACCGGCCCAGUAGUGAUGGGCGUGAGCGCAGGACUUCUCUUUUUGUAUUUGUAUUUACUUUGUAUCACACUGCCUUGUUACAAUGCUGCCGCCCAUCCCAUGUGUUCCCUAUUAAGGGUUAAUAAGUAUAUAGGGGUGUAUAUAUAUAUUAAAAAAAAUACCCCUCUCUGACUCAUUAGCGAUAUCUUUUGCCAGAAGCUCAAGGAAGCAGGCUAAAGGGUCAGUGUUAGGACCCGCUUAGGGGGGUCUGCCUUGACGUUGGCAGGCGGGGAUUCCCUCCAAUAGCCAUUGGAGCAACUAAAUGACCUCCAUUUGUCUACAUAUACAUAGGGAUUAAGGAGAGAGCGCAGGUAACUUUUUCUUUUCUUAGAUAUUUAUCAUUAGCUGUCUUGCCCAAGGACACUUACUGGUGAGGUGGUCUGACCAGGAUUCGAACCUGGGCUAUAAAGAGUUAUUGCAUUUGUCCCUAGACCCCUUUGUGCAGAAUGAUGUGUCUGUUACAAGUAAUCCUUAAGACGCUAUCACUGAUCAGAGAGUAUGUGACUAAUUAUGGCAUUCUAGAUCUUAUGAUCAACUUAUGUGUAAACAGCUCCAUCUGCUGUCCAGUGUUGUACAUGACUUGCAUCGGUAUUUUGACAAUAAACAUGGUUAUUUACUAAGGUGAGAAUUGCCAGGAAUUCGAAGAGAAAUUCAUAUUCUAAUGAAUUCAGUUUGUGUUCCUGACAAUAUUGUGUAAUAUCUUCCUUAAAAGCAGGAAACCCAGGUUUGAAUACCGGUCAGAAUACGUUACUAGUAAGUGUCCCUCUGGAAGACACCGGAUGCUAUAUAUCUGCCUACCUCAAUUACUCAUAGAGUGUAAUUUCUUUACCUCUUCCCAUUCCUAUAAUUGUAAAAUGCUACGGAAUAUAAUACUAAUAGAAACAUAGAAUGUGACGGCAGAUAAGAACCAUUCGGCCCAUCUAGUCUGCCCAAUUUUCUAAAUACUUUCAUAAGUCCCUGGCCUUAUCUUAUAGUUAGGAUAGCCUUAUGCCUAUCCCACGCAUGCUUAAACUCCUUUACUGUGUUAACCUCUACCACUUCAGCUGGAAGGCUAUUCCAUGCAUCCACUACCCUCUCAGUAAAGUAAUACUUCCUGAUAUUAUUUUUAAACCUUUGUCCCUCUAAUUUAAGACUAUGUCCUCUUGUUGUGGCAGUUUUUCUUCUUUUAAAUAAAGUCUCCUCCUCUACUGUGUUGAUUCCCUUUAUGCAUUUAAUAAUAAUAAUAAUAAUAAUAAUAAUGUACAUACCACAAGUAAAAUGCCACACGUCAAAAGGAGAUGACCUUUAUAACAGGUAUCCAGGGUUAUUUUUCAACAAUGUGAAAAGAACCCACAUACAGCAUUACUGGACUUUAAAGGCUAGUUCAGUGGGAAGCCCUAUAUAAGUUUGUUCAUUAGGGUGAAUUCUGAAUUGUAUAGUGUGUUGUUUAUGGUGAACUCUGGACACUGGACUACAGGUUUGAUUUUUUUUCGGGGGAACAUUGGAUUUUACAGGUUUGUUCUUUAGGUGUAAUGUUAGACUUUACAGGUUAGUUCUCUUGGAGGGACAUUGGAGAUCACGGGUUUGUUCUUGAGGAAGCACACUGCACUUUGCCCUUUUGUAUUUAGGGGGAAUGGCAGACUUUACAAGUUUGUUCUUUAGCUGAAACGCUGUAUUUUAAAGCUUUGUUCUAUAGGAGGAACAAUAGACUUCAUAGAUUUUAAUUUUAGAGGAAAACUGUACUUCACAUAAUGUUUUCUUAUGAAGAAUAAUUGACUUUGUAGGUUUGGUCGCUAGAGGGAACACUAGAACACUAGUAGGAACUCUGGACUUUACAGGGUAGUUCUGUAGGAAAAAUGUUGAACCUUACAUGUUUGUUGGGGGGGGGGCACUGGGUUUUACAGGUUUGUUCUUUCAGGGAACACUGGACUCUACAAAUUUGUUCUUUAGAGGGACAUUAAAAAAUACAAGAAUUCUUUAGGAGGAACACUGGACCAUCCAGGUUUGGUGUUUAGUAGGGAACACCUGACUUUUCCAUGUUUAGAUUUAUUUAAUGAUUUUUUUUAAUUUUUUUAUUUUUUUUAGGAAAGUGCAAUACAAUUGGUACAGGGACACUCAAAUAAUGGACUGCAGUUAAUUUCACAAAUGAUAAAUGAAUAUAAUAAUAUUAUGUUAUUAAUAUAGCUUUAUUCAUAAAACAAUGUAUUAGCAUUAGAAAGCUAAAUUGAAAUCAGGCUCCCACGUAGAGUAAUUAUCUUAUGGGGCAAUUUAUUUGUAUUUUUCCAUUCGUGGUUGAGUGUCUUAUAAAUUUAUUUUCGUAUUACACUGAACUGUUCAUUGUCAAUUAUACGUAUGCAUUUUUCCUAGGUAUUACCAAGGAAGCCUGCGUGCUCAGACAACAGACCCAGACACCGCGAUCCUAGUUCAAAAAGCUACUCAAGGCGUCAUAAACUCUGCAGAACAACAUGGGAGUGGAUCUGUUAUGGACUGGGAAGUGGAUGAACUACUCCAAUGGACAAAUGCUCUGAACUAUGAAGAGUAAAUAUAUGGCUUCCUCUCUAGAACUGAUCCUACUGUAUCCAUGCCUACUCAAUAGCACAGUAACGAUUUAUUAUAACUGCUCUCAAUCAGAAGGCUUAUAAACAAACAUGCCAAGAGGAGAACAUUUCUUGAGUCUAGGAAGCCAGAAUAGUGACUAUAAACAAGAUAUUCACACAUUAAAGCUUGUUAGCAGAUAGAAAAACCCAAGAGGACAUCUGUGUUUACACUGUGCGAGACAGCGCUUUGCUAAGUUAUGUUCCCUAAAAACUAAUUGGUUUUUAUUAAACUCACAUCUGUGCUGGAGAAUACAGCAGCAACAUUGCUGCACAGAGCAUCUUUUUCUAAUUUAUGUCAGGAUAAACCACAAAGUUCUAUAUGGUUGGCCACCUUCCCAUGCUAAGGGAUAUUCCAUAAAAAUAAAAUACAUAUGCUAAACGUUAGGGACACAUAAUUGGUAUUCUAGAAUACCAGCAAAUAAACAGCCGUGGAAGCAUGCUUAAUAUUAUUAUUUCUAUUUAUAGAGCAUAUAGAAAAAAAUAGUUAAUGAAGCACUGCGCUCAAACUCCCACUACUCUUGUGCAGCAGCAAUGGCUAUAGUAUUCAUCAGCCUAUGUACACAGAAUAAAAUUGAAAAAAAGUUACCUGCGAACUAUUCGAAAUCCCUAUGCAUAUUUAAACAACAGAGUUUUUAGUAAUACUUAAAUGACCAUUUAAGUGUAAAGGUCACAUGCCGUGUUAAGGCAGAACUUUUAGGUGAGUCCUACACACGUUGCCCAGAAUGGGGCAUUCUUAAGAACAACUACACACUUAUUAACCCAUAAAACAAUACACAUGGGAUUGAGGCUCAGAACUUUAAGAUGGCUGUGCAAUACAGAAGCAAAUACAAGUAUAUGGAACAUAAUCUGCAGUUUAAAACAUUAUUAUUACUGUUAUUUGUUAUAAAGCGCAAACCGUUUCUGUAGCGCUGUACAACAUAAAAGUGUAUUUGACAAAUCCGAUAUGUCAUACAGAAAUAAGAGAUGAAGAGGAUUCUCCUCAAACUACUUUAGAGUCCAAUGACAGUGACCACCAAAUGACUCUUGAUUUAUGACAUCAUCUCUCCCCCCCCCCAACUCAAGUUACUACUGUAAAGGUUACGCUAGACUAGACUGUGUCUUCUCAAUCUGCAGUUUAUAGUCAAGCAGGUCAACAGUCUAAGUGUUUCCAGUAUUGCUGCAUUCUGUCUAAAUCUUAUAUAUAUCUUAAUACUUUUCUUCACCUUUACAAAUCAAUGUAAUAAUCACCCAAGAUCUGUCCGCAAACAUUGUACAACUUGCUCCAGAUGAACUGUAAUAUUUUGAUAACAAGAUCGAAAAUACAUUUCUUAACAAAAGAGAAUAAUUUAAUGUUUCCACCUAGAAGUAUUAGAAUACCUCCAUGGAUAUAGCAUUAUUUACACUUUCUCACUAACCAAUAGUAAUAUAAGAAUUAAUAUAUAAUUAGAAUAUGUAUAUUAGUAGAUUUCGUUUGAGUAGACCAUGUAUAUUAGUAGACUUCAUAAGAAUUAAUUUGAGAUGGUUCUUCCAAAUUAAAAAUCAUUUUAAUCCACAGCCAAACAAGUCAAUUUACCUGGGAUUUACCUUUGGAGUCUUAUUCACAGAAUAAGACUCCACAGCUAAAUUUUGGCAAAACGAUUCAUUAGGUGUGUAUUAAAAGGAUUUUGAUUUAGACGAACCAGCUAAAAACACAUUUUUGCAUAUAGUCUGACACUAAACAUUAGUACUAAUGCCAUUCACAACAGGCCAAAUGAGUUCAUUGAGCACAUGGAUGAGAUGCUGAGCUCAAUCAUAUCAUGACUUUACUGCCUGAAUAGGUUAUAGUCCUAGCACAGCAUUACUUCAUAAAGAGACUGAUUAAACGCCAACAAGGAUCACGCUGUGUAACACUGUAUAUGCUCUGUAGAAUAGCAGCAACUUAACUUUUUUCUUUUCAGUUUGCUUGUUAGCCCAAUCCCUGUCCUGAACUUACUAUAGCAGGCCAUACCUCUCUUCUCUUCUAGGCCUCAAUACAAUAUGCUUGGAUAAGAUUUCAAAUGAUUUAAUAUAUUUGUAUAUAUGAUCUAUGUCAUGCUAUUUUAAUAUUUGAGUGGGGGUCGGGGGGGGGGAGGGGCGGGAGUUUAUCCAAAAAUGUUAAAUAAUUUUUAAAAGCAUAUCCAAAAAUAUUAAAUGGAGGCCAUAAUGUUCUAAUUAACACUUAUUCUCAUACACUAAAUAGGAGUGUACUACAUAUCAAGAUUUAUACAGGGAGAAUGGCCUUAAAAUUAAUUUUAAGACUAUACUAAGGCAUGUAUUGAGAAUACGAUCACAUUUACACACAUACGUUUAUAUAUAUGUAUAUAUACACUUAUAGGAAUAUGUGGAUGUAAAUAAAAUACAUGUAAAAUUAAUAUAAAACUCCUCCUUGUUUUGUCUCCUUGUAUUCAUACAUGUAAUCAUUGCAUAUAGCUGCAGUGAUUUGCUAGAUAACUGCAUCUGAAAACAUUGUGAUUAUGUAAAAAAAAAAGAUCAUUCCACUGGAGUUUAGUGGGCAAACAAGAUCACCAAGUUUGGAGAUAUGUAUCUUCCCCCCUUUAACAUUAAAGGGACACUAUAGGCACCCAGACCACUUCAGCUCAUUAAAGUAGUCUGGGUGCACUGUCUCUGUACGGUACACCUUAGUCCUGCAAUGUAAACUAUUACACUGCAGUACUAAGGCAGCAUCUAGUGGCUGCCUACUAAACUCCAGCGUCGAUGAAUCCCCAUAGGAAAGGCGAGGGGAGGGUGCGCUUGCGGCACAUUCACAUUACGUCCCCCUUCAGAUGACAUUGGAGGCGGAGCGUCGACCCAAUGCCGAGGGACAUCAGUGUUGGGAUUAGGUGAGAGGAAGAGAGGGGAUGGUGGCAAAGGGCUUUUAGUGUUAGGAAUACAGAUUUGUAUUCACAACACUAGAAUCCAUUUAAUAUGUGGUUUAAAUAAAUGUAUUUUAAUGAUUACAAGCAUGGUCAUUAUAAAUGUAAAAUAAAUAUAAUAUAUAUUGGCCACAUUGUGGUUGUGUAAUUAAAUUACUUUCUUUUUGCUGUUAAGGUAUAUUGGGAAGUGGAAAGUGAUUGGAACAAGUAAAUCAUCCUCUGCAUUCAAAGGUAACAAAUAUAUAUAUAAAACAGUCCAAAAUUCUCAGAUCACUACUGACUGACAACCUAUUUUAUAUUUACAUAGAAAGUGACGGCAGAUAAGAACCAUUCGGCCCAUCUAGUCUGCCCAAUUUUCUAAAAUACUUUCAUUAGUCUCUAAUAUCUAAAAUAGCCUUAUGUCUAUCCCACGCAUGUUUAAACUCCUUCACUGUAUUAACCUCUACCACUUCAGCUGGAAGGCUAUUCCACACAUCCACUAUCCUCUCAAUAAAGUAAUACUUCCUGAUAUUUUUAAACCUUUGUCCCUCUAAUUUAAGACUAUGUCCUCUUGUUGUGGUAGUUUUUCUUCUUUUAAAUAUAGUCUCCUCCUUUACUGUGUUGAUUCCCUUUAUGUAUUUAAAUGUUUCUAUCAUAUCCCCCCUGUCUCGUCUUUCCUCCAAGCUAUACAUGUUAAAAUCCUUUAACCUUUCCUGGUAAGUUUUAUCCUGCAAUCCAUUAACCAGUUUAGUAGCCCUUCUAUGAACCCUCUCUAAGGUAUCAAUAUCCUUCUGAAAAUACGGUCUCCAGUACUGCGUACAAUAUCCAAGUGAGGUCUCACCAGUGUUCUGUACAAUGGCAUGAGCACUUCCCUCUUUCUACUCCUAAUACCUCUACCUAUACAUCCAAGCAUUCUGCUAGCAUUUCCUGCUGCUCUAUUACAUUGUCUGCCUACCUUUAAGUCAUCAGAAAUAAUUACCCCUAACUCCUUUUCCUCAGAUGUUGAGGUUAGGACUCUAUCAAAUAUUCUAUACUCUGUCCUUGGGUUUUUACGUCCAAGAUGCAUUAUCUUGCACUUAUCCACAUUAAAUGUUAGUUGCCACAACCAUUUGGCUUAUGCCUCCUGGAACAUCAACCCUGUUACAUAUCUUAGUAUCAUCAGCAAAAAGACAUACCUUACCAUCAAGACCUUCUGCAUUAUCACAAAUAAAAAUAUUAAAGAGAAUGGGUCCCAGUAGAGAUCCCAGAGGUACCCCACUGGUGACAAGUCCAAGCUUCGAAUAUAUCUCCAUUGACUACACCUCUGCUGUUGCCUGUCAUUCAGCCACUGCCUUACCCAUUCAACAAUAUUGGAAUCCAAACUUAAAGAAUAUUUAGGUUGAUGCCCCUUCUAUGUGCAACAGUGUCAAAAGCCUUUACUCCCAGGUGCUGGCUCCGUCUACUGCACCACCCUGAUCUCAGAAUGGAGUUACCCAAUCCAAUCCAAGGCUUUCUUGAAAUAGGAGCCAAACGCCACCCAUGCCAAUCAGCAUCUCCUCAUGAGGAAAGUUCAGUGCCUCCAUGCACAGCGUAGAGACGCUAAAUGUCAGUACUGCACCUCUAUUGGCCGUCUGAGUGAAGCCCACUAGAGGUGUCCCUAGGGAGUAAACACUGCAAAAAUGCCUACAGGGACUGACUAUACUCAUCAGAACUACUACAUUAUGCUGUAGUUGUUCUGGUGACUAUAGAGUCUCUUUAAAAAAAUGACCCCAGGGACAAGAUCCACUCUAGCUCUCCCAUAGGUAGGACGGCUAGGUGGACUUAAAUAAAAAUAAUAAUUUGUGUGUGUGAAAUAAAAUGUAUGUGUCAAAUCAGUGAGUGUGCAAAAAUUAAUCAUAAGCAUGUAUUCCAAGUUUCCAUGAAACCUGAGAGGAUUAGUAUAUGUACUCUUUGUAGCUAUUAUAUGAAUCUAUUAAAACUGGAUUUAGGUUUGGUGAGAUAUCUAAUAAAUAGGUAUCUCAUGGAGAACAAAAAAAUAAAACAAAACCCAACACAUAUCUGCGUUAUCUGUAUCCAUUAACAGUGAUAUGCUUAAACACAGCACUCCUAUUAUAUUUCACAGGUACAACAUUAAUUCGCUCACCAUACGAUCUCCACGAAUUCUCUCAAAUUUUUCCAAUCAGCCCGGCAUCCUCCAUGAGCAUCAGAAAUGAAGAUGAGCCACAGUUAUAACAACUCAUCAAAAGAUUGCUUGGAAUAGGUCAUUGAUAUGUUUUACACAUUGCCUACGAAAUGCUUCCAGUAUGGCGAGGACCUGUGUUACACACUUACAACACAAGCAAUUUACGUUGGUGGUCUUGUAGUGGGUGCCAGAGACUAAGGUAUUUGGUUUUAAAGAAUCAGAUGAAAUAUGGACUUUUCCAUGUGCAACCAAUUGAUACACUUGCAUUCUCAUCACGUUAAUAACAUCUGCCCCAUAAUCCCUUUAGCUUAUUGCAACCGAGAGAGAUAAAGCCCAACCAAGAUCACCAUAUUCAUACAUAUCCAAGACUUUCAAUGUGGUAAUGUCCCCUGGCCCAACUGCAUAUUACAUUUUUCACUUCCAUCUAACUCUCCGAUUUAAAGGUUAUGAGAAUGCCUCUAAAACACAGUGAGGGAAGGCUUAAACAAUCUUGCUUCAGCCAUAGAGUUCACUCUUUUGCGUAAAAAUUGGAUUUACCCUUCACAGUAGAAAUAAUGCAACUAGCUGAUUCCUUAAGCAAUCAACAAUACUUUUUUCUUGGUAUGUAACAUACAGUUUAUAACAAGGCAUAUAAACAUGUUCAACAAAAUAUGGUCCACAAAGUGGAAAAUCACUUCAAUCCAGUAAAGUUUAAACUUCGUAGCUUAAGGAGCAUCCAAUCAUGAAACUCCUCUACAUUCAUUUCCCUGAAUAUCCAGGAUACUCAACUUUCAGAUAGAAAAGACUUUUACUUAAGAUUGAAUUCUUCCUCUUUCAGCCCCAUGCCUCUCUUCUUCUACUGUGUUAAAGUUUUAAAUCUGUUAUUUAACUCAACCUCUUACUUUAAAUGUGGAAAGAUGACAACUAAAAAGCGAAAAGACUGAACUUUUAAUUCAGCCAAUAAACUCCUUAUAUUGACACAAGUGGAGCUUCCACAUACAAAGCAUUGGGAAGUAAGUUUACAUGAAGGUAUUUUCACAUUCAAGGAAUAUGUUGGGUUAAAAAAUGUACUUACAUGCCAUAUGAUUAUAAUACACGUAGAAAGUAAAAAAAUACAUUUAUAUUCAACUUUAAUUCAGCAGUGUCCCAAUCUUGCUCCGCACACUGGUCCACCUUUGGCUGAAAAUGUCUGGAUGGAUGUUUUUGAAAAUUCAAAUGCUUUUUUUAUCGGGAGGCUUAAUUGUGUUCGACAUGAAGACUGUACAUUUUUAACAUGUUCACUAUGAUGUGCCUCUAAUGACUCUUUGAUUGACAGACACUAGAGGUCCACUGACUAACAAAUGACAUGUAAGCCAUGCUUGCAUUUGACACAAUGCAGGGACAGCAUCUAGGUACCAAAACCACUACAUUAACGGAGUGUCCCUUUAAAGUUCAAUAUAGUUUUGGUAAUAAAGUACACGCAAUUUAAAAUAAAUACAGUAGAUGUCAUGUGUAAAACAUAAAAAUAAAACAUAUAGAACAUGACUUUAUUAGUAAGAAAAUAUACAGCUACAGCAUGUUCCGAAAUGAAGUUUAACAAUCAAACCAGUUUAGAACCACUAACAUCCAGAUCGCAAACAAUGUUAGUAAAAAUAACAACAAAUAACAUAUCAAUUUAUAGUCUCUGAAUAAAAAGUCACAAACAUUAUUUGAGUGGAAUUUUUUUCAUAACUGGAAAAUAAAAGUUUUUAGUUUUUUUUCUAAAGUGCUUUGUACACAUUUAUUAAACAGUUUGUUUGAAUCUCCUUAGGGAUUUCUCAUGUACCUUUAACACAUUUUGCUAUAAAAUGUUACAGGAUAAAAGGGGUGCAGGUGAAGGAGGGGGGAAACUGCGAGCAGGACACUAUAGAGUUAGGAAUACACCCGUUUGCAUUCCUGACGCUAUAGUGUUUCUUUAAUGUGAAUUUUAUUUUCAGGACUUCAAAAUAUGUAAUUGCCGCAUUGGAAACUGUGAUUCUUAAAUUGAAAUAUUGACCAGAGUUCAUCUAUUGUGCAUACAUUUAACUGUG